AGAAUAGUCUUUCUAUAAAUAUAUAUCUCAUCCCAAUUUUCUUUCUCACUUCAAGAACUGUUUUUUUCCUCCUUCUUUCAGAUCCAUUGUUGCCAUGGCAGGAGCUUCAGUGACACCAACGCCAUUGCUGAAGGAUGAGCUUGAUAUUGUGAUACCCACAAUCAGAAAUCUUGAUUUCUUGGAGAUGUGGAGACCCUUUUUCCAGCCAUAUCAUCUCAUCAUUGUUCAAGAUGGUGACCCUUCAAAGACCAUUAAUGUCCCUGAAGGAUUUGAUUAUGAGCUUUAUAAUCGUAAUGAUAUUAACAGGAUUCUUGGACCAAAGGCAUCUUGUAUCUCUUUUAAGGACUCUGCUUGUAGGUGCUUUGGGUAUAUGGUGUCUAAGAAGAAGUAUAUCUACACUAUUGAUGAUGAUUGCUUUGUGGCCAAAGAUCCAUCUGGCAAAGACAUCAAUGCUCUUGAGCAGCACAUAAAGAACCUGUUAUGUCCUUCCACUCCACAUUUCUUUAACACUCUGUAUGAUCCAUACAGAGAAGGAGCAGAUUUCGUUCGUGGAUACCCUUUCAGUAUGCGUGAGGGUGCUGCCACAGCUGUUUCUCAUGGACUUUGGCUCAACAUCCCCGACUAUGAUGCACCUACUCAACUUGUUAAGCCACGUGAGAGGAACACGAGAUAUGUGGAUGCUGUCAUGACAAUUCCUAAAGGCACUUUGUUCCCUAUGUGUGGAAUGAAUUUGGCAUUCGACCGUGAGCUGAUUGGACCUGCAAUGUACUUUGGCCUCAUGGGUGAUGGUCAGCCAAUUGGUCGAUACGACGAUAUGUGGGCUGGUUGGUGCAUCAAGGUGAUAUGCGACCAUUUGGGACUCGGUGUCAAGACUGGUUUACCCUACAUAUGGCACAGCAAAGCAAGCAACCCCUUUGUUAACCUUAAAAAGGAGUACAAAGGCAUCUACUGGCAAGAAGAGAUCAUUCCAUUUUUCCAGUCUGCAACUCUUCCAAAAGAUUGCACAAGUGUUCAACAGUGCUAUCUCGAGCUGUCGAAACAGGUCAAGGAGAAACUUUCCACUAUAGACCCGUAUUUCACCAAGCUAGCUGAUGCCAUGGUCACAUGGAUUGAAGCCUGGGAUGAGCUCAAUCCUACUGGGGAAGGUUUGGCUAAGCUUCCAUCUCGAACGGCCCGGGAAAAUAGAUUCCAUUUAGCUUAUGGUUCUUCCCUUUUUACAGUUUGAGUUGAGUUUGGAGACAUUAUUUAUCUAUUUACUUGUUUAAUUUUUGUCUAGGAUUUACUUUUAUUGUAGACUACUAUUUAAUUUUCGAAUUUAAUUCCAAACUUUUGAGUUCAAAUAUUAUAUCUCCUUCAUGUUCA